AUGGAAGCAGAGAACACAACUCAGCCAGAUUUUGUGCAACAACAACAAAUCCAAGCCCUUUUAGCCAAUGUGGAAGAACUAACUCGCCAGAAUGAAGAACUGCGAAAGACAGUGGAAUCCCAAAAUGCAAAACUUCAGCGAACAGAUGAAAACCAAAAUGAAGAAGAGUCAAACUCUCAAGCCAACAAACAAGACAGAACCUUAAGAGAAGAUUCCACCAAGAUGGAGAACGAACUUCGCAACAUGAGGAAGGAGAUGGACGAACUGAAAAGUGCUAUGAAGGACAAAGGCGGAGAGAAUCUAGAUGGGGUGAUUCGAAGGAUGGACUCACCAUUCACUACUGAAGUACUAAACCAUCCCCUCCCACCAAAAUUUCAUCUCCCACAGUUGGAGUCAUAUGAUGGUUCCAAGGAUCCCUCGAUCACAUCGAAUCAUUUGACGCUGAUGCUAUUGUAG